AUGUACAUGGCAUUCAUGGGCGGCAAAGACCGCCUUGCCUUGGCACUUCUGGCAUGGGCACUGGCAGCCGAAGCCAACGUUGAGCUGCCGGACGUGGUCGAAGAUGUGCAGGCAGUUAGCCAGGUGCAGCCCCCAACGGCUUUCGUGACAGCACCACCGAAGUUCUUGCCCGAUUCUGCGUACAUCCACAGCAUGCCUCCUGCAGAUUCUUCUGGCCGGAUGCAUUUCUAUAUCUCUGCAAUGGUUCUGUUUUAUGCCGGUGUGGUGGUCUUGGGAACCUUCAUACUGUGGUUGGGCACUAAAUGCAAGAAUUGCAAAGCUGAGCCAGAGCACAUCCUUAGCUCUUUGGAAGAUGGUUCUGAUGCUCCGCAACUGCCUCCACGGAAAGCAGGGCUGAGUCGCAGGUGUAAGCGGGCGCUCUUUGCGAUCACAUUCAGCUUCACAUAUUCUGCAACGUUGGCGGCAGCUUUUGCGAGUGGCGCCACAGGAAGGUUAAGCCAGAAGACAGGCUUAUGUUGGGAAGUUUACCUGAUACUCUUUGGCACCGCUGGUGCAUGGCAGAUUACGCAGGCAAUCAUUGCUGCCGUGAUUCUCCCCAAAGGGCGAAGGUACGGCUUGAAGACAUUCUUCACCGCCUCCCUCAGCGGAAUGUGCCCGAUUAUCUCCGACGCCUACGACACCUUGAAGGACAUGAUCUUGGCAGCCUUGUGUUGGCAAAGCGGCGUGACGUUCGUGCAGGUCAUCGGAAUUCUCAGCCUGGUGCAUCUGGCCGCUUUACAUAUCUACUGCAGUUUCUUCGAUGACAAGUGUCUCGCACAACUUUGUGGGAGCCACUUGUCCGUUCUCGUUGCAUCCACGGAGGAUACCACGCCGGAGGACACCAGCUCGAAACAACUGCCACUUUGCCGUCGCUUGUGCAACACGAUCUUGCCGAUGCUUUACAAGCAAGUUACUCCGACUAAGCGAAAGCUCAUGAUUCUGGAAAAUGUGCCGCAGGCCUUCUUUGCCAUCUGCUAUCUCAAAGUGAUUGGGGGCAGCCUCUUCGUUGGUUUGCUGAACCUCGCCAUCCCGGUUCCUUGA